ACAAGACGAGUUGAACGACGCACGACGCACGUCAGUGUGGACGCGCCCUAAUGUAUAGACACACUCGAAUAAACAAAAGCAUAUCGUGGGGAAAUAAAUGAUUCAGUGCGCGAAAGAUACUCAGGCAGUAUUGACUAGAUUUAAGAUUUUUUUUAAAUUAAGAAUAUGGUAUUUUAAAGUGUUUGGUCUAUAUAUAUUAGUGAAUCAAGUGAAAUGAAGAAGUUCCAUACAUUAUUACCUGAAGGAAGUAAAUUUAAUCAGAUUUUAUGUGCAAUUUUAAUAAAUUUCCCUGUGUUCGUGUACGGGGCGAGCAUCGGCUGGAUGUCACCGAUGACGUUACUCCUGCAGUCCAAAGACUCACCCAAAGGCGUGCCUCUUACUGAAUCAGAAGUAUCAUGGAUGGCCGCUGCUGCGUAUUUAGUUUGCAUUCCGGCAGAUGUGCUGCUCGCGUACGCUGGAGAUAAAUUAGGAAGAAAAUUAUUAAUAUUAUUUAUAUCAGGAGUCAGCGCUGCAAGUUGGAUUCUUUUGCUGGUGUCUAUAGAAACAUGGGCUCUGGUUCUAUCAAGGGCGUUAGUUGGCAUUACGAUGGCUGGAUCAUACGUAACUUGUCCGAUUUAUACGAAGGAGAUUAGUGAGAACCAUAUAAGAGGAACAUUAGGCUGCUUAGUAAUAUUAUUCCACACGACCGGCAAUCUGUUUCUUUACGUGAUCGGGGAUAUACUGAGCUACCGAACCAUCCUGUGGGUCUGUCUCGCGUUACCCGCUUUUCACAUCGUCCUCUUCAUGGUGAUGCCGGAGUCACCUUCUUAUUUGGUCAAGAAAGGUAAUGAUGAGGAAGCAGUGAGAGUUCUCGCUUGGUUGCGAUGCAGAAGAGUAGACGAUGUCAAAAUACAAGAAGAAUUAGAUGUUAUUAAGAUAGAACAGAAGAAUGAUGAAGAAAGCAGCAAGUUUUUACUAAAAGCUAUAUUCAAAGACAAGAUAUUAUUCCGGGCCUUCCGUAUAGCUUUGGUUGCGACCUUAGCUAGGGAGGUGUGUGGCGCCAUCCCAGUGUUAAACUUUGCCGGAGAGAUAUUUACGUGGGCGUCUGAGGGGAAGGCGCUGAUCCUAACACCUAAUCAACAGGCUAUGCUGCUAGGCCUAGUCCAAGUGCUAGGCUCUGCACUGGCAUCCAGCAUUGUCGACAGAAUUGGAAGAAGGACACUUCUGACAUCGACAGCUUUGAUAUCAGGCUUAAGUAUGUGCUCUUUGGCUUCGUGGUUCGUGGCGAAACACUACGGCGCCUACACACCAGCCUGGCUGCCUAUCGUAACUCUUUGUCUAUGCAUCUUCUGUGACUCAGCCGGUUUGCAGCCGGUUUCAGUGGUUCUUACGGGAGAAAUAUUUUCAUUUAAGUACCGAGCAUCAGUAAUGGGUAUGACGAUGGGUCUAGCAUCUUUUGCUGACUUCAUCCAGAUGUUAUUCUUCAAGCCACUUGCCAACUCCAUUGGUAUCCACGUCGCCUUUUACUUCUUCGGUGGUAUAUGCCUUGUGACAGCGUUGUACGUGACCCUCGCUGUACCGGAGACUAAGAACAGGUCCCUGACCGAAAUCUACGAAGAUCUGAGACCAAAGUCAGAUAAAGAUUCGAUCAAAAGUAAAUAUGAUGAAGAUAAAUAUGUGGGUAGUUUUAGAAGUAUAAAUAUUACUUGAAAUGCCAAAAGUGAUUUUUAUAGUUAUUUAAUUUUGU